UUGCUAAAAUCUUUUCGGCUCGUAUUGUGUUUGUGUGGAUGCCCUUGAAGCUAACUCAAAAAGCAGGAAAUCUCCACCCAGGGCUGUUUUGGGGACUCCUGAGUGUACCUCCAGGAUGGAGCGGCUGUAGAAGCAGCAGAUCCGCGGCGACAGCUCACUGCGUGGCGGCUUCCGGUGUCCGUCCGUCUGCAGGAGGAUGGCGUCCGGCUUCAACCGCAUCCCCUCCACCGCCGGUCUUCCGAGUCCGAAAUAUACCGAAGGUUGUCGACUUCAGGCUAGAGACGGCAGUGAAAAGCAUCGAUAAGUGGGUCCAGUAAGGUAUGAACACCUUAAACGACGUUUUUAAGGGCAGAUAUAGUACUCAGCCUCUCAGUGUGCUUGCUACCAUUUAUUAAAACACAUCCACCCUCUUCAGUUCAGCACUGAAACACCCUUCAUCUCCUGAGAGCUGCGAAUUUGAAGGAUGACGGAGGCGUGGCAGCAGCAACAUGCAGUGGCUCCACCUUCGGUUGUGCACACACUCCCCCCGGGAACGGAAAACUCUCUGGGUUGCACAGUGUAUGGAGUGGUCCUGCAGCAAGAUGCCUCCAUGCAACAACCCCAGCACGGCCAGCAGCUUACUGUUCAAGCCCAGCAGCCCUCCUUACAGGUAGGGGGCGAGAGAGGGCACAAGUGUGGAGCCUGUGGCCAUGACAUCUCUCACCUGGCCAACCCUCAUGAGCACCAGUGCAUGGUGAACCAAGACCGAUCCUUCCAGUGUACCCAGUGUAUGAAGAUCUUUAGCCAGGCUACGGACUUGCUGGAGCAUCAGUGUGUGCAGGUGGAGCAGAAGCCUUUUGUCUGCGGUGUGUGCAAGAUGGGCUUCUCUCUGCUCACCUCGCUGGCCCAGCAUCACAACUCGCACGGCAAUGGAAACAACCCAAUGAAGUGCUCCAUCUGUGAGAAAACAUACCGGCCAGGUUCUGGAAAUAACUCACCAACCUCGUCAGCUGCCAACCCCCAGCAGCCCUCCACUGGUGAGACGUCCAGUGACGGUGCAGCAAUCAGUGCCUCGUCUCCUCCUUCCUUUGAGGCCUCUGCACCAGACCGACCAUACAAGUGCUCAGUGUGCCAUAAGUCCUUCAGGCAUUUGUCAGAGCUAACCCGCCACGAGAGAGUGCACACCGGUGAAAAGCCAUAUAAAUGUGACACUUGUGAUAAAAGUUUCAGCCAGUCUUCACAUCUGGCGCACCACCAGCGGACACACAGCUCCGAGCGGCCGUACAAAUGUGCCGUGUGCGAGAAGAGCUUUAAGCACCGCUCUCAUCUCGUGCGGCACAUGUACGCUCAUUCAGGCGAGCACCUCUUCAAGUGUAAUUUGUGUGAAAUGCACUUUAAGGAGUCAUCGGAGCUCCUGCACCAUCAGUGCCAGCCGGAAGGGGAGAGACCUUUCCGCUGUGGUUCUUGUGGAAAGAGCUUCAAACGCCCAUCUGAUCUGCGGCAGCAUGAACGCACGCACUCAGAGGAGCGACCUUUCCAGUGCGAGGAGUGCCAGAUGAGCUUCAAACAGCAGUACGCUCUCGUACGCCACCGACGCACACACAAAAAUCCAGCUGAUCGCCCCUUCAAGUGUAACCUCUGUGACAAGGGGUUCCUCCAGCCAUCCCACCUGCUUUACCACCAGCAGGUUCACGGCAUGGAAAGUCUGUUCAAGUGUGCGUCCUGCCAGAAGUCUUUCAGCCAAUCAGGAGAACUACUAAGGCACAAAUGUGGCGGGGAGGUCGAGAAGCCCUACAAGUGCGAGGUGUGUGGCAAAGGUUACAAAAAGAAUUCAACGCUGCAGCGCCACCAGAACUCUCACUGCACAGAGAAGCCGCUGAAAUGCUCCCUGUGCGACAAGCGCUUUGUGUCUUCCUCCGAGUUUGUUCAGCACCGCUGCGACCCGACCCGCGAGAAGCCGCUGAAAUGUCCCGACUGUGAAAAACGCUUCAGGUACUCUUCCGAGCUGCAGCGCCACCGCCGAGUUCACACAGGGGAGAAGCCUUUCAAAUGCGCCAGCUGUGACAAGAGCUUCAAGCAACGCGAGCACCUGGCCAAGCACCAGAGCGUGCACUCGCGGGAGACACAGUUUAAGUGUGUGUGGUGCGGGGAGCGUUUUGUUGACCUCACAGCACUGCAGGAGCACACAGUCCAGCACACUGCUGAGGGGGAGAGUUUCCCUGAAGCACAAUGCAUCCCAUGAACUGAACUGCUCUUCUGUCCUGGGGAGCAAACGUGACAUUCACCCUCGAAGGAACUUAUGCCAGCCUCCGCUCCCCCAUUUGUAGUGUAUAACAAAGAACCAUUAAUUAGUGUAAUGUUUUUGUUGAGUCAUGACUGAAUUCAUCCUCAUUCUUUGUUGUUUAUUCAUCGUCAAUAACCGUCUUAUUUUGGAACACAUGGGGAAAAAAACGAAUGAAAAAGGUGUAACAAUAUGGUAAGAUCUGGGUUUUGUUUUGUGCGGGACAUUAUUCUGUGGUUGCAUGUGAUCGUCUGUUUUGUAACUGUUAAUUCUAUUGUUGAGAAUGAUGGAAAGACCUUCCAGACAGUUGUCAGAUGUGUGUGUGCUCUUGUCUAAGCUCCUCUGAGAUCCAUGUGCCUUUUUGUACCGAUUCAUUCUGUGUUUUUUUUCUUAACGUCACGUCCAGUUUUAGCCGAUAAUUCCCUUCCAUCCGUAUACAGCGGCUGGCUUGUGCAGCAGUAUCUUUUCACAUAUUAGAUCUUAGGUAGUAUCAUCUGUUUGUGCAUGAAUAUUUAUCACACUUUAAUAUCACUGUUGUAUUAUAGGUUUGGUUUAUUUAGGAAAACAUCCUAUGAAGAAGAAAAAAAGUGGAUUUGUGAAAAUGUAUAGCCCGUGUCCUAUGAACUCUGUGUUGUUGCAUCUUUGUAUUAAAACAAGCGACAUCGAGGUAACUAACCCAUACCUUUCAUGUCAUACAAACACUUGACAUGUGCAAUAGAAUAUGCACAAUGUAAUAUUUAUGACUACUGAUUCAUGGCAUAGUCUACUCUGUUAUAUUAUAGAUGUGUGUAUAAGCUUAUGUAAACAUUGAAAACUGUAUAGUGCUUAUGUUACCUGCUUUUGUAUUCACUAGGAAUGAGCUUGCAAUAUCUUGCAAGACAUUUUAGUUUCAAUUCCACAUGGAUUAUCGGAAGAUUUAACCCGACAAGACUUUAAAGCAUUAUAUAACUCACUUGCCACAAACUAGCUGCAUUAGUUACUGUGCGAUAGAUUUAACAAAAGUAAUAUUAUUUUUUAAGUUUUUUAAGAAUUUGCCUUGGAACAUCCUCAUGGGAUCCUAGCCCCAGACGUUCAGCAGAUAAAUACGAGUAGCCUCAAAGUUACGAAUCAUGUGUUGGUUUAUGUCGGGCAUAAGGUAAAAACAUUUGUGUACUUUGGCUUACUGUGUGGAUUUUUAUAUUCACAAGCUUUGCAGUAUAUUUAAUAGAAGGUUUUUGAGGUUUACAAAUCAUGGGGAAAGGGAAAUACAGCGGGGAGGGGUGGGAUGGGACUGUGUGGUUGAAGUCCUGGAGGGAGGUGAACGAGUUUAAUGAAGCGUUGGAUUUACACAUAAGGAUAUCAAUAUAGACUCCUGUUCAUACUGUAUACAGACAAUUCAAAUAAACCACCCUUAUUAAAAAAAAAAA